AUGUUAUUGUUCAUUUUUCGAAUUGUUUUUUUUCUUAUUAUUUUUUGUAAAAAAACAGGAGGAAAUUAUUUUUCCGACAGUCAUAAUGUUACGUUAGCUGUUAUAGUUGAACAAAAAUUUGCAUCGAAAGAUGAUUUAUCUUUUGUUAUAAAAAAUCUUAUAUCCGAUGCAAGGAAAAAAUUUGUUAAAAAUGGAGAUUUAACAGUUCAAUAUCAUACGAAUACAAACACGAUUCCAAAAAAAAAUUUGAUAGCCGUUCUGUCGAUCGCAUCUUGUGAAAAUACUUGGAAAAUAUUUCGUAAUGCAGAAGAUGAUAGUAUUCUUCAUCUUGCUAUUACCGAAGCUGAUUGUCCUCGUUUACCAUUUGAAGAAGCCAUUACUGUACCGUUGAUUCGAGAAGGUGGAGAAAUUUCACAAAUUAUUUUAGACAUACGAACAAUUCAUGGCAUCGAUUGGAAAUCGGCUGUUAUUUUUUAUGAUACUUCAGCAAUCGACGGGGAAGAAAUUCAAGGAAUAACGUCUGCUUUGUCAAUGUCGGUACCAAUUCAUUCGGUGGAUCCAGCAUCAGUAUCAAUAUUUAAAUUGGAAAGAAAAAAAAACGAAUGGAGCAGGAGGAAACAAAUUCGUAACAUACUAACAAAUUUCCCAUCGAAAAUAUUGGGUAGUAAUUUUUUGGUAAUUGCAAAACGUGACCUUGUCGGAGUUAUCAUGGAAGUCGCUAAAUCAACAGGACUAGUUCAUCCUCUUUCACAAUGGCUUUACAUAAUACCAGAUACAAAUGUAAUUCGAGACAAUAUAACCGCCCUGUCAACGCUCCUCAUGGAAGGCGAUAAUGUUUCUUUCAUAUACAACGGAACCUCAGAUAAUCCAGAUUGCAUCGUUAGAUUAAUUUGUCACGUUGAUGAACUCAUAAAAAGUUUUACCGUUUCAUUAAAUGAAUUAAUUAGAGAAGAAAUUGAAUUAUCAAGUCAGGUUUCUGAUGAAGAAUGGGAAACUAUAAAACCUACAAAAUUAGAUCGUCGCAUUUCUUUACUUUCUCACAUUAAGACAAAAUUGUCUGAAAGUGGAGGUUGUGAUAAAUGUGUCACGUGGUUAUUAAAAGCCGGUGAAACUUGGGGUAAAGAAUUUGAAAUAAGAAAAAAGGGCGAGUCGCGCUACGAUGAUUUUCUUCAAGAUGUCGGUCUUUGGCAUCCGAGAUCGGGUCAUGUUAUGAAAGACAUUUUAUUUCCGCAUAUCGUUCACGGUUUUCGCGGUCGUUCUUUACCUCUAAUUUCUUUUAAUCAUCCUCCGUGGCAGAUAAUUAAUCACAAUGAAUCUGGUCAAUUUGUUGAAUUUAAAGGAUUAGUUUUUGAAAUAGUCAACGAACUUGCUAAAAGUUUAAAUUUUUCGUAUUCUGUAAUUUAUCCACAGCAAAAAGACAAGCAAAAUUUUUUUAACGAUUCUGCAAAGUACGAGGGGUUAAAUGGAACUCAGGAUUUUUCAACGAUAGCAGCAAAUUGGGAAAUAAUUAUAGAAGCGAUAAAAAAUAAAAAAGUUUUUUUAGGAGCCGUUGCUUUUAUUGUAUCUCCAGAACACAAACGUUUUAUUAAUUUUACAACUCCAAUUGGAAUCGAACCUUAUACGUUUUUAGUGGCACGACCACAAGAAUUAAGCAGAGCUCUUUUAUUUUUAUCACCGUUCGGAGGAGACACGUGGCUUUGCAUCGCCUUGGCAGUAGCCAUCGUUGGACCAUUGUUAAAUUGGUUUCAUCGCUCUACACCGUAUUAUGAUUAUUUUAACACGAGAACCUCAGGUGGUUUACAGACUGUUACCAACUGCUUAUGGUAUAUGUAUGGCGCUUUAUUACAACAAGGAGGAAUACAUUUACCCAUGGCCGACAGCGGUAGAAUUAUCGUCGGAGCUUGGUGGUUAUUCGUUUUGGUUAUCGUAACGACGUACAGUGGAAAUCUCGUAGCUUUUUUAACGUUUCCAAAAAUGGACGUGCCCAUAAACACGAUACAAGAACUCCUUCUACGAAAAAAUAGUCUCAAUUGGGGAUUCGUUAGAGGUUCGCCAGUGGAUUUGAGGCUUAAAAAUAACGUAGAUCCAAAAUAUAAGGAAUUAUACGAUAAUGCACAAUUGUAUCGUAAAUUAGAAUCGGAAACGAUAGAAAAAAUUCGAAAAGGAGAACACGUUUACAUGGAUUGGAAAACUAAUAUGUUAUUUUUAACAAAAAAACAAUAUGUGGAAACGGGAACGUGCGAUUUUACAUUCGGAACCGAAGAAUUUUUAGAAGAACAAUUAGCUAUGGUAAUUGCUCAAGGAAAUCCAUACCUUCCACGUAUAGAUCAAGAAAUAAGAAGGAUACAUAGAGUGGGAUUAAUAUAUAAAUGGCUACAGGAUUACCUUCCAAAAAAAGAUAAAUGUUGGAGUACGAAUCGUUUGACAGAAGUAACAAGUCACACGGUUAAUAUGAGAGAUAUGCAAGGAUCUUUUUUUGUCCUCUUCCUAGGUAUCAUACUCUCAACUAUUCUUAUUUUAACAGAAUAUUUUUAUAAGAAAAAAACAGAUCGUGAAAAAAACGUCAUCAAACCUUUCACGACCUGA